AUGUAUUCCAUUGAAUGGCAAAAAAGAGGCUUACCGCAUGCGCACAUUCUCAUUUGGUUAGUCGAAAGAAUACAGCCAGACCAAAUUGAUGACAUCAAAUUUGCCGAGAUUCCUGAUCCCGAAACCGAUCCAGACCUGCAUGAUGUCGUAAUUACAAACAUGAUUAAUGAACCGUGUGGCGCCAUUAACCCACAAUCACCGUGUAUGGUCGACGGCAAGUGUUCCAAGCGUUAUCCACAAAAUUUGACUGUUGAUACUAUCACUGGCAAAGAUGGUUAUCCACUGUAUCGACGUCGAUCUUCUGAUGAUGGCGGUAGAACAAUCACAGUCAAGGCGCAUUGUAACGUGGAGUAUUGCAAUUCAGUGAAGUCCAUCAAGUACAUCUGCAAAUAUGUCACGAAGGGCAGUGACAUGGCAGCUUUUGGUCUUCAAGCUCCUGACCCCAAUGAAGAAAUCACGCGCUAUCAAAAUGGUCGAUACUGUUACACAUUUGGCAGUGCAUCUGGAGAACGGUCAACGAGUUUAUCUCAACGUGCUCAAAACACACCAGCGACAACAUUGACCAGUUUCUUCUCGAUUUGCCAAAGUGAUCCGUUUGCACGUGCGUUACUUUACUCAGAGAUGCCGCGUUAUUACACUUGGAAUGCUUCAUCGAAGAAAUUUCAACGUCGAAAGCAAGGUAAUGUAGUUCUUGGUCAUCCGGAUGUGCGUUCUACUGAAGCUCUUGGCCGUAUUUAUACAGUUCAUCCGAAAAAUGAUGAAUGCUUUUACUUACGACUAUUGCUGGUGAAUGUGCGUGGCCCGACAUCAUUUGAAUCACUUCGAACUGCCAAUGGUGUAGUGCUGCCAACAUUUCAUGUUGCAUGUCAGGAGCUCAAUUUGCAUUCAGAGAACCCCCAUCUUGAUAUGAAUGAAGAGAUGUACAACCAGGCUUUGGUUUUGAUAGAAGACAUGUGUUACCACAUGUGUGGCAGUUUGUUAGCCAGGUUAGGAAUGACGUCGCCUGAUCGUGGAGUAAACGACGCUUUCGAACGAGAAUUGCAGCGUGAACGUGAAUACGACACAAAUGCAUUAAGCCAAUUGCUUCGAACGAAUAUACCAUUGUUGAAUCCUCAACAAAAAGAUGUGAUGAAGGCAAUUGAUGAUGGAAAUGUCGGCAUGAUUUUCCUUGAUGCGUCUGGUGGAACUGGAAAGACAUUCCUCAUAUCAUUGAUUUUGGCUGCAGUUUGUGCAAGAUCAGAAAUUGCUGUAGCAGUUGCUUCUUCUGGAAUAGCGGCAACGAUGUUGGAAGGUUUCCGAACCGCUCAUUCUGCAUUAAAAUUGCCAUUAAACCUGCAAGCGGUUGAAGAACCGACAUGUAACAUAGCGAAACAUUCAGCAAUGGCCAAAGUUUUAAUAGCAAGCAAAAUCAUUAUCUGGGACGAAUGCACAAUGUCGCAUAAACGCGCGUUGGAAGCUCUGAAUCGCACUAUGAAAAGAUCUGCGCGAUUUUCGGCAACACUACCAGUAAUACCACGAUCGACUGCUGCCGAUGAGAUCAAUGCUUGCCUCAAAUCAUCACCAUUGUGGCGUUAUGUGUGGAAACUUCAGCUCACGACAAACAUGCGAGUUGCAUUGCUAAACGAUCCAUCUGCCGAACUGUUCUCCAAUCAACUGCUAACUAUCGGUAAUGGUCAUGUUCCUGUCGACGCAUCGAAUGGAUUCAUUUCGUUCCCGCCAAAUUUUUGCAAUUUCGUCUCAACAAAAGAGGAGCUCAUCAACAAAGUGUUUCCGAACAUCAUUACUAACCACAAAAACAACGAUUGGUUGAGUGAAAGA